AUUUCUCUCUGUAAUGGCCAUUGUUCCCCUGGAUACUGGAAGAAAGAGAUAGAAGGAGAACAAUUCUGUUGCUAUGAGUGUGUUUCAUGCCCAAAAGGAAAGAUUUCAAAUCAAAAUGAUAGAUAUAUGGAUGACUGUUUUGAAUGCUCAGAAGAUCGCUAUCCAAAUAAAGCAAAGAAAGGAUGUAUCCUGAAACCAGUGGUCUUUCUAUCAUUUGAAGAACCCUUAGGAACUGGUUUAGCCUCAGCUGCUCUUUAUUUCUUCUUCUUGACAUCUUGGGUCCUUGGAAUUUUUAUUAAGCACAGGGAUACUCCCAUUGUCAAAGCCAACAAUCGGUCCCUCACCUACACCCUUCUUGUCUCCCUUCUGCUCUGUUUUCUUUCUUCUUUGUUGUUCCUCAGCCAACCUGGCAAAGUGAUCUGCCUUUUCCAGCAAUCAACUUUUGGCAUCACCUUCUCAGUGGCCAUUUCUAGUGUACUGGCCAAAACCAUCACUGUGGUUGUGGCUUUCAUGGCUACAAAACCGGGAUCUCAGAUAAGGAAAUGGGUGGGGAAAAGAUUAGCUUUUUCAGUUGUCCUUUUCUGCUCCAUCAUCCAAGUAUGUAUUUGUAUAAUUUGGUUGUCAACAUCUCCCCCAUUCCCUGAGUUGGACAUGCACUCAGAGCUCCAAGAAAUGAUUUUACAAUGCAAUGAAGGAUCAGAAUUCUUCUUCUACUGUGUCUUGGGCUACAUGGGUAUCUUGGCAAUUGCCAGCUUUAUUGUGGCUUUCCUUGCCCGUAAAUUACCUGACAGCUUUAACGAAGCCAAAUUCAUCACCUUCAGCAUGUUGGCUUUUUGUAGUGUUUGGAUCUCCUUCUUUCCAGCCUAUCUGAGCACUAAAGGAAAAGCCAUGGUAGCUGUGGAUAUCUUUUCCAUCUUGUCUUCCAGCACUGCAUUACUGGGUUGCAUAUUCUUGCCAAAGUGCUAUAUCAUUGUUUUCCGGCCUGAGCUAAAUCAGAGAGAGCAACUAAUCAAGAGGAUUUAG